GUUACACGAACAUCUACAUUCGCAGCUUUAUGUACUCCGCUAGACGUUCGGUAGCUGUAUCGGACUUGAUAUAAAAUCUCGCGAGAAGUAAGUAGUCUGCCUUUGAAAAAAAUGGCGGACGAGGUGGAUCAGCAACAAACCACCAACACUGUAGAAGAACCUUUGGAUCUUAUCAGGCUUAGUCUUGAUGAACGGAUUUAUGUAAAAAUGAGGAAUGACCGAGAACUUCGAGGCAGGUUACAUGCAUAUGACCAGCAUUUAAAUAUGAUUUUGGGUGAUGUUGAAGAGACUGUGACCACAAUAGAAAUUGAUGAAGAAACUUACGAAGAAAUUUAUAAGUCUACCAAGAGGAAUAUUCCAAUGCUGUUUGUCAGAGGAGAUGGAGUUGUAGUGGUUGCUCCUCCACUGCGGGUUGGCUGACACUGCAGGUUGCUCCUUCACUGUGGGUUAUUGGACUUCCAAGACAUUAACUCUCACUCUGUUUAAAUAUUAGGACUAUCCCAUAUUUUACAGGAGAAUUCCCAAUCCUGAUUAUGUAUUACAAAAGUUUAUGUUUAUUUGGCAAAUAAGACUCCUUUUUUUUCCUCUUGGGGCAUUUAAGUCGAUUUCAUCAAAUCAGUGGAUUUUCUUGUUUAGUUAAUAUCUGUGUUCCUUAUGUACAUUUUUAAAUAAAUCAGUUCACUAAUUUUGUACAUGUGUAUGAACAGUCUUCAUGCUUGUUACAGUUCAAUAUAGUGCAUAUGCAUCAA